AUGAACAAAUGCUUCUUGUCACUCUUCUGCCUCACCUGCCUCAUUGUGGAAGCAACAUCUACAAGAUGCAUAAUCUGCCACCUUCGCACACGUUCAGAUCGUUGUAGAAGAGGAUUUGGUGUUUGUUAUACUAAGAAAAAUGAGUCAUGCAUGAGCCUAAAGAUCUACCAGAAUAACACUCUCCAGGUGUUAUAUACGGUGUGUCAGAAGUUCUGCAGAAACUUGACAUAUGACUUCAACAAUCGGACUUAUGUUCAUGAAUGCUGCGACUACAAUUCUUGUAACUAUAGAUUCUAG